AUGGCGCCGUGUUUGAAAAGGAUCAGUGUCUUUGCCGAGUGUCCAGAGAAAACGGCGUCUACUUCAACUUUUUCAAUAACAAACAGACAUCGGCCCCUGAGCCGCCGUGCGGAAAGGUCACAAAGACGAUAUGAGAUCACGGAGGAGCUUUAUCAGGCGCUGGUCCGGCCUUCAUGGUCAGACUAUGGAGGCGCUGGAGCAGAGCAGGGAGAUCAGCCGCUCUCUCCCCCUGAAAAGUGCCUCCUCUCUGGGAUCAACUCCGACGGCACUGGCCAUGGGGGAAAGAUAGGCCGCAAGUGUGAAGAGAAACCUAAGGCAAAUCGAAAAGAGACUUCAUGCUGCCACACUGACUCCUCCUUCCACACUGACUCCUCCUUCCAUACUGACUCUUCCUCUUCACUGACUCCUCCCUCUACACUGACUCCUCCCUCUACACUGACUCCUCCCUCUUCACUGACUCCUCCCUCUACACUGACUCCUCCCUCUACACUGACUCCUCCUUCCACACUGACUCCUCCUUCCACACUGACUCCUCCCUCUUCACUGACUCUUCCCUCUACACUGACUCCUCCCUCUACACUGACUCCUCCCUCUACACUGACUCCUCCCUCUUCACUGACUCCUCCCUCUACACUGACUCCUCCCUCUUCACUGACUCCUCCCUCUACACUGACUCCUCCCUCUACACUGACUCCUCCUUCCACACUGACUCCUCCCUCUAUGCUGACUCCUCCCCUCUACACUGACAUCUCCCUCUCUACACUGACUCCUCCCCCUCUACACUGA